AUGCCAUACUCCGAAAAGGCUCAAGAAGCAUAUAAAAAACUGAAGGCAAAAGCUUCAGGAUUUAACCCAACUCUGAAGUCGUUUUUCAUUACCUAUACUGGGCUUUGUAUAUAUACAGCAGUAAUUUGGAUUGCUUUCUGGUGUCUUGGAUUCCCGUCUGUAUUAAAAGGUGGGUUUCCCAUCAUCACCGACUACAUGAGGAUCAAUGAGAUGCCUCAGAAUUCUGUAGGUGCAAUUCUCUCGGGAGCAUACGGUUCUGGCACCUUCCCUUGUAGUUUGUUUCUUUUACUAUUGUCUACCUUUAUGCUGAUAAAGGAAUACAUCAGCUAUUUUUAUCAUCCGUCUAUUCUUGAAUUGGAACGAAGAGCGGAUGUUGCUAGUUUUUCGAAGUACUGUUCGUCUAUGCGGCAAAUGAGCACUCUGCGUAAAGAGGAUAUGAUGUCAAUUGGAGUGGAGGCCGCUUCCCUGAAUCCUCAGGAAUAAAUAAUAUUUAAUUAUUGUGUUU